AUGACCGACUGCGCCUUGCGCGAGGAUCGGAGCGUUUGUUUCGGGGUGAACCUGUGCCGGCCCCAGUUGCCCACCACAACAACUACCCGCUCGCACAAUAACGACAUGCAGUUCAAGGCUCUCUUCGCUCUUGCGAGCUUCGUAUCUCUCGCUCUCGCCGCGCCCGCGGACGUUGUCGAUGCGGCCACCCCCUCGGCGGAUGUUUCCCUCACCACCCACCUUACUACUGACACUUUCACCGCGACGAGGGUUCUCGAGAGUUUGAUGACCACGCGGCCGUUCAUCACAACCGUCGUUACCAAUACAGUAUGGACGGUCACGCACACCGUCACCAGGGAGGUUCCCACCGGCCAUUGA